GUCGUGAGCCUUCGGCUGUGCGGACGAUCCUUGGAGGCGGUCGCUGACUCUGCUUGGACGAUCGAAGGCACGCCACCCACCCAGUGGUUUCUAUACAAAGAGAUGGGUGUGGUAGAAAGAGCAACUGUGCGCUGUCACCGACGAACUGUUGUGUCGCCCACGUCAAACGGACCUGAAACAAGAGCAGGCAGAACAAGAUCGUCAGGUGCAAUAUAAUACACAACGUUGAUGUCCCAACCUUGCCUUAGCUUGGAGAAAUUAGGAGCAGUCUUCUGGUGCACGGUGCAAGGUACAGUUUACUUGGCUUACUGUUGUGGAGCAAUGAGCCUGGUCCAGCUGCUGAAAAGCCACUUCUUGAGUAGUCUGAUCAUCUGUUAUGUGUUCCUGGUCAGCGGCCUCAUCAUCAACCUGCUUCAGCUAUGCACUCUUCCUCUGUGGCUGUUCAACAAGCAGCUGGCACGGAAGGUCAACUGCAGAUUUGCCUACUCCAUCUAUAGCCAGAUGGUUGCCACAUUAGAGUGGUGGUCUGGAACAGAAUGCAGCCUGUAUACGGAUCCAAAAUCGUACCCAUUGUAUGGAAAGGAAAAUGCAAUUGUGGUUCUCAACCACAGUUUUGAGAUAGACUUCCUGUGUGGUUGGACCUUCUGUGAGAGAUUCGGAGUCCUCGGGAGUUCCAAAGUUCUUGCCAAAAAGGAGUUGGCCUACGUCCCGGUCAUCGGUUGGAUGUGGUACUUCCUGGAGAUCGUUUUCUGCAAGAGGAAGUGGGAAGAGGACAGAACGACAGUGACUCAAAGCCUUCGGAACCUUAGGGACUAUCCUGAAAACUAUUGGUUUUUGCUUUACUGUGAAGGAACUCGCUUCACAGCAAAGAAGCACCAGAUCAGCAUGCAGGUGGCCGAGACUAAAGGUCUGCCCAAACUGAAGUAUCAUCUUCUACCAAGAACCAAAGGCUUCUGGGUCACUGUUCAAAACCUCAGAGGAACUGUCGCAGCAGUCUACGACUCCACGCUCAACUUCAGAAACAAUGAAAUGCCAACCCUGCUGGGAAUCCUUCACGGAAAGAAAUACCACGCAGAUUUAUAUGUGAGGAGAAUUCCGCUGGACCUGAUCCCAGAAGAUGAAUCUGAGUGCGCUAAUUGGCUUCACAAACUCUACCAGGAGAAGGACGGUUUUCAAGAGGGCUACGAGCGGACGGGGCGGUACCCCGGCCCCAUGGUGAACCCACCGCGGCGGCCCUGGUCACUGAUCAACUGGUUGUUCUGGUCCUGCCUUCUCCUGUACCCACUGGGCCUACUCCUCGCACAGCUCAUCCUUUCAAGAUCAGUGGUGACCAUUUUGUCUGCGGUGGUCCUCUGCACUGCAGCUUCAGUGGCUGUUCGUUGGAUGAUUGGCCAGACUGAGAUUAACAAAGCUUCAAAGUAUGGGAGCAAGAUGACUCAUCAAAACAACAACUGAGUUGGAGAUGCGUCAUAGCACAGCUACUGCAAAAUGAACAUUAAUGUUCCUAGCUUUGACAGCACUGUCGAUUCCUGCCGCAACAAGUGGAAAUCUGCCCUGAACCACAAUGCAGCCAGUGUACUACCGACAAUGAACAGUGACUGGUGGCAUGGCAUUCAACUCGCUUAGAAAACUGUAGUCAUUUUUCGGGUGGACAUACAUUGAAACAUUAAAUCAAGAUUAAACUCAGAAUACUUCCGUUUGAAUGGUCACGUAAAAGAAGUUCCAAAAUCAUAUAUACUGCUACUGUGGAUUUUUACGAGAAUUAUAUUGUCAAAAUGUGUUAUUUGUGACAAUCAUCCAGGAACAAGCACACUUCCUCUAUGAAACCUAAUUUAAAAUACAUUUGUAUUUAAUUACUGCCUGGUACAUUUCCUGUGUUGUAGCCAGUGAGCUCCUCUUGGUUUUCAGCAAAGUUCAUGUACCAUUCAUAUGAGCAAAGGUUAAUGGAAUGGGGAUGGUCACAAAAUUGUCACUGUUAUAACUGAGAAAAUGCUCUAUGUGUGGUUUUACAAUAAAACUGCCUAACCUUGUAAAUUUGUUGUGUCUGUAGUUUUGAAAGACUUCUCAUAUAUAAAAAUAAUAAAGGAUAUCAACAUAA